CCCUCAGGUUUUUGUUAAUGGUAUUCUUAGAGCAGGAUCUCUUCCUGCACUGCUGUUUCCAUAAUCUGGUUUCCACCUGAAUGGUGCCCCUUUGCCAGUGACAGGGAAAUGAAAUGAAUGGAAAUGAAUGGCAGUAUCUCUCUCUCUCUGCAAUAUAUUCUGCUAAUUCUGUGAUGAGGGUAAAAUGCACUCCUUGCUCAUUUCCCAAAUACAGAAAGGAUCUGACAGCCAAGAUGCAGAUUGUGUAAAUUGAGUUACCAGAGCCAGAAGAUGUUACCAGAGCCAGCAGUAGGUUUUCAUCUCUGUGACACAAUUCAGCAAAAAGGGGGUGGAGACAAGGCAGAGGGCCCACCAUUAACACCAUGCUCCUGGGGAUCCUCGUGGUGCUCUUCUUCAUCCCCACUGCUGAUGUAACAGAAAACAAGAUUUUAGUGGCUCAGCAUCCUCUGCUCAUUGUAGCUAACCAAACUGCAACUCUAGUUUGCAACUACACAUACAAUGGGACAGGGAAGGAAUUUCGAGCUUCGCUACACAAAGGAACGGACAGUUCAGUUGACGUUUGCUUUAUUUCAUGGAACACAACCAAUCUUAGCAGCAAUUCAAAUAAAGGAUUCAACUGCCAGGGGUAUCAUGAUAAAGACAAAGUCAUCUUCAAUCUCUGGAACAUGAAUGCCAACCAAACUGACAUCUACUUCUGCAAAAUUGAGGUCAUGUAUCCACCCCCAUAUGUCUACAAUGAGAAGAGCAACGGGACUGUCAUUCAUGUAAAAGAGACACCCACCCAAAUACAAGAGCCUCAGUCUGCAAUUCCUUUGUGGAUUCUGGCAACAAUGACUGGAAUUCUUGCCCUCUACAGUAUGCUAAUAACUGCAGUUUUUAUUAACUUUUGGCAGAAAUCCAAAAAGCAUAUGUACCAUCAGAGCGACUACAUGAACAUGACUCCCCGGCACCCGCCGUACCAGAAGAACAAGGGUUACCCAUCCUAUGCACCAACGCGAGACUACACCGCCUACCGCUCCUGGCAGCCCUGAUCCCACCUGGAGCCUCCUGUGCUUCCGGGCACACGCUUGCUCUGGGGCGUGGAAAGACAGCUCUUGUUUUCUCAUCAUGUUUGUUGCUAUUGAUUACAGACACCUACACCAUAGCAAGUAUUAACUAAACUUUGAUCAACUAAAAGAAAAUCCAGACCAACAAACCAAUAUAAAAAGGGGGGGUGGGGGUGGAAGGGGGAAGUAGAAAAAGAAUUUUUCUCCGUGAUGGCUGAAAAUGAGGCCCAGCUUGUGUUGAGGGCUGUCAGUGGAUAAGACGGAAAGAUGGCAUCAGACCUCCGAGCUGGUUUCUUCCUAACACUUGUGGUUUUGCUCAGCUGUUGGAAGAAGCAGAACUUCUGAUCUUUUCCAAUAGCUACUACCUUAGAUUUAACCCUUAAUUUCCUUCCCUGUAUGUGUAAUCUUCAGAUUGUUACUGUUAGACCUUGCAAAAUGUAAAAAAUAAUCUUUUUUUCUCUGUAAAAUGAAGACACAGUUUGAAGUUCAAAACACAUGAUUAAAAGAAAGAGGAAAAGGUCAGUCAGAAGGCAUCCAAGUUAUUACGCUAUGGAGCAAAUGAUCUGCCAGGACAAAUCACGCUAAUAGAAAACUAGUAAACCUUCAACAUGUGAGUCCUUAGGCUGGACACUUUGUAAAUGUUCAUAAGGCCAUCUGCAGUCAUGACCAAGCAACUCCACAGACUGAAAAGCAAGCAACUUGAAGACAAAAUCAAGACAAAUGGGAGAGGAAUAAAGAUGUCUUCAUCAUGAACAGCCCCAUUUUUUUUUUGUUUGCCUUCUGCAUCAAGGGAAUGCAAAGGCAUAUAUGAAGCAUUAGAAGCAGAUAGCUCAUAUUUUGCGAAGAUUUUUUACUUUUAUUUUUGAAUAUGAGAUUUCAGAAGGUAUUCUCCUGAGUCCUCCUGAAAAUUCAUGCAUGUUUUCUGGCACCUAGGUUGUACCAGAGCUCUUCCGAAAAUCUGGGUGAACUUAUGAGCAACUAAAGGCCACUUAAAUUUUUUUUCCCGUAAGUGUCUGAGAGUGAGAGGAUUCUUCAUUCUCAGCAUUGUAAAUUGGACAUGCAAGUUCUCAGACAUCUACAAGAUCUGCUCUGGGCACUUUGAUGAACUUUGUGUUAUCUGGAAGUUACUGUUCUCUCUAAAGGUGUUCUUCAGGGCUGCUCCAUGUCAGAGCAGGACAAAGUCAUUAGCAAAACAUGAUCCAUUCUUUCAAUCCAGUAUAUUUACAAUAACAGGACAUCCUUAAUUGUAAAUGGGGUUGCCUUGGCAUAAAAUCCCUUUUCAUACUGAGGAGACAAUGUUUAUUUUAUAAAGACUGCUGAAUAAACAAUUUUAAA